AUGUCUUUCUUACGACGGGACAAAUCCCGGCUGAACCUCCGCCUCGUGCACGGCCAGGGCGACGCCCGGGCGCCGGCGCCCGGGCACCACGACGACCCGUCCCAGGUGCUGCCUACCGCCAACGGCUUUCCCCCGGGUUUCAACGCCCAGUACCCCGACGCGCCCGCGCCGCCCCUCGUCGACGGCCACGGCGCCCCGCUAGCGCCCGUGCUCGACAACUACAGCCCCCGCCUGCUGAUAUCGGCGCCCGACUCCAAUCUGCCGGGGGUCAAGGACAAUUACAAAGGUUUUCACGCCAAUAAACGGCCUCAAGGCCAGCAGAACGUGCCGCCGUUGCUGAGGCCGAUCAAGCCGCGGUUUAAGAAGAAACUGACUCUGUUGUUGGGCAAAUGGAUCUACCUGCUGCGCAAGGACCUGAGCGACUCCGGCGACGACGUCGGCGGCGCCGGUGGCGGCGCCAGUGGUAGCGGUAAGCCCCGCCUGAGUCUGACGGCGCUGGUGGCGCUGGCGCACCUGGCGCAACUGGCGGCGCUGCUGCAACAGCUGACGGGGCUCUCCCACGCCAAGUUGCGCAUCCCGCUGAUGCUGCUGAUGUUCCACCUGGGGCUGGAGCUGAAACUGGCGCCGAUGGCGCCGGCGGCGCUGGCGGCACUGACGGCGCUGGCGCUGCUGGCACUCGCCCGCUUCGACUUAAAUCUAGAUGAGAUGCUGGGGAUCGUCGACGACGCCGCCGCCGCGAUGCCGCAAGCGCCACGGAAACUGGUGGGGCUGGCGGCCCAUUCUCGCGGAAGUGUUGGUUCUGGUGGAAGUAGGGGCGGCAGCGCCGGCUCCGCCUUGGGCGGCAGCGGUCCCCGGGGGCUGGUGGCGUCAUUACCACAGAUUACCCCUCCGGCGCCGGGGCUGGUGCUGCUGGCGCCCCCGGAAACCACUAAGCGCACGCUGACGGCGCUGGCCUCGGAUGCUAAGGGCGCGGCGCUGCGGCGACAAGGGCUGGAAGCGGCGUGGACGGCGCCGGAGCUGUGGGACGUCAAAGCCACCCCCGAACCGUGUCCUGACGACGGCGAGGUGGCCCCUGAACCCGUCACCGAACUGGCGCCGGCGCCGCUGUUCUCGCAGCAGAAGAAAUAUCCCCCCAUCUGGGGCAUCCGCCUGGCGCUGGUGGUGGAAGGUGGGCCUAACAACAUCAUUCGCGUGUUCCGCGAGGAUAAUACAUUCACAACAAUCUUGUGUCCCCUUGAGACGACCACCACCGAGCUUUUGGCAAUUAUCCGACGCAAAUUCUUCUUGGAACUGGUGGCUAACUUCCAGGUAUCGGCGCACGUGGGCAACCAUUUCAAAGUGAUGGACCCAUUUGAGAAACCGCUAAAAGUGCAACGUGGUUUGCUUAUGCUUUCAGGGUAUACCGAUGCGGAAAACUUAAAGAUAUUGGGUCGGGAAGACCUUCUGUUCUUGGUCAAGUUUGUGGUGGAAUCAAUCGCUUUACGUAACCUUACCCACGACGAGGAGGUGGUGUUAUCUAAGGACUACGUCGACGUUAACUUACUGGGUCUCUCGCUCAAGAAUAUCCCCAUCAUCUUCCACCAGCACACUUACGAAAUCGAAAAGCUUAACGUGCUGAAUAACCCUGGCAUCCACAUCCCCUUGGACUUUAUCCAACUGUGCAACAACUUGACGGCCAUCAACAGUGCCCGCAACGGCCUCCUGCGGUUCCCACAUAACUUAUUGGAGGCACACCACUUGACUCGCUUGGACUUGGAGCUGAAUUUCCUCGACGAGUUGCCGCGAGAGUUUGGCCGUCUUAAGCUUUUAACCCAUUUGAAAGUUAACCUGAACCAGUUGGUGCUGUUACCGCCAUCGUUUGGUGAGCUUCAACGGCUUGUCCAACUCAAUUUGUCGCUGAACUAUUUCUGUGAAUACCCCGAAGUGGUCAAUACUCUCGGGCUGUUGGUGGACUUGGACCUUUCUUAUAACGACUUGGGGGUGAUCCCCACCCUGAUUGCGGGGCUUGCUCGUCUCCAGAAGUUCAACUUAUGUACCAAUAAGCUCCAAGGGGCGUUGCCACCAGCGAUGGAAGGGUUGAUUCUGCUUAAACGGCUCGAUAUCCGCUACAAUUCCAUCACCAACGUCGAUGUAUUGGGUAAACUCCCCGCCUUAGAAGUGGCCUACGCCUCCAAAAACGCCAUCAACUCGUUCCUGGACCAGAUGGAACAGCUCCGCCUUCUUCAUUUCGACAGAAACCCGAUCACUACAUUACAAUUUGUCCACACGUUAUCAUACCUCACCAUCUUGGACUUAUCAAAGGCUAAGCUCACCAUGGUUCCGCCCGAGUUUGUUAGUCGUAUCCCUCACGUGGAGAAAGUGGUGUUGGAUAAAAAUCACUUGGUGACGCUCCCGGACGAAAUCGGCCACCUCCAUCGUCUCACGCUGUUGUCGGUGCACUCAAAUAACUUGCGCAGCUUGCCGGCUCUGAUCGGCGACUUACAGCAGUUGCAGGUGCUCGAUGUCCACGCUAAUAACCUCCAACUGUUACCAGAAACGCUCUGGCACUUGGGACUGUUACAAGUACUCAAUUGCGCUCUGAACAUCCUCGCAGGGUUCCCCAAACCACCUUUGGCGGUAGCGAAACGAGUAAGCGCCGGCUGGGACGGGCUGCUGGCGCUGCUGGCGUCGCCUCAGCUGUUGGCGGACUCGCUUCUGCUGCUCACUAUGGUUGAUAACCGGUUAGGGGACGAGUGCUGGGAGCUGGUGCUGUUCUUGGUCCACCUCAAGUACUUGAACUUGCUGUACAACGAGCUUUCGGAGAUCCCCGAAGGUGCCCUCACUCGGCUCAGCCACUUGCACGAGCUUUUGGUGCUGGGCAACCAGCUCACUACGUUGCCUGCCGACGACUUGGAGCUGUUGUCUUCGCUCCGCUUGCUUCACUUGAACAAUAACAAGCUCGUAGCGUUGCCGGCGGAGAUUGCCACCCUCAAACAACUCCAGCAUUUGGACGUGGGGCUGAACCAGUUGAAGUACAACAUUGCCAAUUGGCCCUACGACUGGAACUGGCAGUUCAACCCCAACUUGCGCUCGUUGAACUUCCUGGGCAACAAACGGUUCGAGAUCAAGCAGACGUAUGUGAAGAACCCCGACACCGGCGAGUACUUGGACUCGCUCUUGGCGUUGCCUAAAUUACGGGUGCUCGGGCUUGUCGACGUUACCAUCACCACGUCGCAAGUGCCUGACCAACUGGUGGAAACCCGCGUAAGACUGCAGUCGCUGGAGGUGGCGCUGAUCGGGUACGGGGUGUCUGACUUCAUGGGUACUCGCGACCACGUGCUGAUGGGUGACUUGUUCGUUCAAAAGUUCAGAGGUAACGAUCUGGAAGUGCUUUUCUGUCUGCUUGACGGCAAAUUUGGCGCCGUCCACAAGGGCCACCGCAUUCUUUACUUGGUGAAGACGAUGUUCGUGCCCGCAUUCACCGCCGAGCUCGAGCGGCUCGCGGGCCAUGAGCUGCCGGUGGACGCGUUGCGGCGGGCAUUUUUGGCGAUGAACAAGGAGAUCAACGGUACCCUCGCCGCUAAGCGUGCGGGACAACCAGGGUCGCCAGAGCUCGCUGACCUCAGCGUCGAUGAAGACUCCGGUGCCGGUGUGUCGUUGACGGUGAUCUACUUGGUGGGGAAACAGCUCUAUCUGGCCAACGUCGGUGACUACGAAGCCCUCUUGCUGAGGGCAAACGGCGACCACGUAUUCCUCACCACCAAGCACGACCCCACCACCCGCGACGAGUUCGAACGCAUUCGGGCUUCCGGUGGUUACGUGCUGGGCUCAGGGCUUUUGAACGGCCAGCUCUCGGUGCUGCGAGGGGUGGGCUUUUUGAACUACGUGCCUCACACCCACGCGGGCCCCUCCAUCACCGAACUCACGUUGCUGCUGGGAGACGACACCAUCGUCUUGGGUACUAAGGGCCUCUGGGACCAUGUGCCGUAUGAGCUUGCCGUCGAUAUCAUCCGCCAGGAAAAGUCUGACCCGAUGCUUGCUGCUCAACGUUUGCGGGACUACGCCAUCGCCUAUGGGGCCGUCGACAAAGUGCUGGUGACCGUCGUCCAGUUAGGCGACGCCAAGCUGAAGCUGCGGUCCCAUUAUACCCGCCUGCCGGUGGAGAACGAGCUUGUUCGUCGUCGUAAGGACCGCAUCACUGGUGACUCCACUCUUCGCCGCCUUGACGACGAAAUCGACCCUCCCGUGGGUGAAUUGGCAUUGGUAUUUACCGAUAUUAAGCUGCUGACAUGGCUCUGGGACACUUACCCGGCGCCCAUGCGACUGGCAAUUAAGACCCACAACACCAUCAUGCGACGCCAGCUCCGCAUUGUCGGUGGCUACGAGGUGAAAACCGAAGGUGACGCGUUUAUGGUGUCGUUCCCCACGCCGCUGUCGGCCCUCUUGUGGUGUUUCAACGUCCAGCAAGCGCUUUUGCUGGCUGAUUGGCCCCUGGAAAUCUUGGACACCGACCAGUGCUGCGAAGUGACCGACUCCGAAGGCAAUGUGUUGUUCCGUGGGCUUUCUGUGCGUAUGGGGAUCCACUGGGGGUCGCCCGUGUGUGAGCCAGACGUUAUCACUGGAAGAAUGGAUUACUUUGGCCCCAUGGUGAACCGGGCCCUGAGAAUUUCCGCCAUCGCCGAUGGGGGUCAGAUCUCGGUGCUGGAAGAUUUCGUCGAAGAAAUGGACACCCUCACACGCUUACAUCUGGAAAUUCAGGAGGGAAAGACCGCGGUGGACCAGGCAUUUGGUGACCCCCAUCUCGCAGACACCAUCGACCACGAACUCGCCCAGUUGGACCUGAUUGGCAUCAAGUACUAUGGGCUUGGUGAGCGUAAGCUCAAGGGUUUGGAAACCCCGGAAAACAUCAACUUGGCCUACGCUAACAACUUGAAGUUGCGCUUCGACAUUUUCCAAAAGCGGUUAUCCCAAGAUGGGGCACCAAUGGGACUGAGAGCCGUCGGCGCCAUCCCCGUGGAGUCCAUCUACUCGUUGCGGACGUUGCUGUUGCGUCUUGAAAACGUCUGUGCUUGUGCUGACGGUGGCAAGUCGGUGCUGGAGCAAUUCAAAAACUCACUGCAAUUGAUCCAGCAUCAAAUGCUGGACUCGUUCAAAGAGGCAGAAUUGGUGGAAUUGUUCAAUCACUUGGUCCUUCGAGUGGAAAACUGUGUUGCCACGCUUCAAUUGCGCCAGCUGUUACUAGAAGCCCAGGGCAAGUCAGGCUAUAUCGACUUCUCGGCGCUGGCGACGCCGAUGUCCGACGUCUUGCUGCUGUUGUCCAACCUUGUCGACGAGUUCCGCCAAUUGAAACUGGCAUCCCAAUAG